GACAAAUGGCGGAAUAUGGGUAUUAGUACUGCUGCACACAGUUCUAAAGAAAAAAUACGAAUUCCUAGAGUAAAAGCUAUUACCGCUGGCCCACUCACCAAUGGUCAAAAUUCUGCUUCUGCUUCACUUAUUGAUGAUGACAAGGAUGGGAAAACUGCUCCACGAUGGAUGCAUCUUGAUCCCUGUGAAGGAAUAUACGACAAUCCUUUGCUAUAUGAGAAAGGGUGGAAAAAGAAUUUGAAUUAUGUAAUUGCUUUUGCAAAAGAUGGAGUGUAUGACGUCACUAAACGUUACAGCAGAAAGUGGCAUGAGGUUCUGUCUCGGAGAAACAUUACUACGGAUCCCAUCCUGUCUAUUAUUCUCUCGAACAUAAGAAGAGAAUGCCGACAGAGUUUUGCAUCUCAAGUGAUUUCUGCCCUAGAGGAUCAAGACAGGAAUGAAGCUGAAGCACUUGAGAGAGAGUUGCACUCUAAAGAUGAUGCUUCAAUCUCGUUACCUGGAAGACAAAGUGGUGACAAGGAAUGGCGCAUGUCAAGAUCAGAAUUUGGUUCUGACGAGAUUUGCUUUCCAAGUUCUUCUUGUUGUCCAGCCCGUAAAUGCAUUGAUGAGCAUGUGACAAAGAUCUACAAUGCAUUUUGUCCAAUCAUUUCUCAGUUUGUCGAGAAAUCUUGUUCUAAAUCUAGAGCUGUUGAAGUCCUACUGUUUUUUAAACAAAUGUUAAUCAAUCUCAAGAAUUCCCCUUUUAGAACGAGGAGAACUUCUAUAAACCCUGUUUCAAAUGGUGCACAGCAUCUUUUCCUUCAGAUGCUGCCUUCUUUUGAUCAAUUGUUUGAUGCCCUUUCCCUGAAUAGUGAGCUAGAUGCCAGUGGAAGGGUUGACAUUUAUUUGGCUGCUGAUCCUGUUAGAACCUCCAUAGCAUUGCCUGUUUUGUUCCAUGCUCUGGAUGAUGUGAUCCAUAAUGUCAAUAUGUGCAACAACUUCAAUAAAAAUUCUCUUUCUUGGCCACUUCAAAAAUUAAACAGAAUAUACUCCGGUUUGGUCCUUGCUAGUGGGGAGGAGCUUUCUUUUGGAAUUGCAUUGCUGUCAACCAAUUUCAGGUCACAUCUGCAUUUGACGGAACUCGAAUGUCAAAGUGGGAAGAACCAAAUGGUGCCAGAGGUGAAGGUUGUUUGAGUCACCAAGAGGGUACAUGAAGCAUAUUUUGCUCAGUUAUACCUCACAAAGUUGGGUAAUGAAACGGAGAGUGUUAGCUUUGAUCUUCGACCUUCGGAUGCCAUUAACAUUGCAGUAAUAUGCAAGUGUACUAGUGCCGGACUUGUUUCGUGGGAAUCCAUGGGCAAAGGACAGACCAAAGACUUUAUUUGAAGAAUGGCUGGCACAACAAACCCCGGAAAGGAUUGCAAAAGAUAUAACCUC